AUGCCUUUAUCAGAAGACACCCUCUCGACACUCCGCACCCUCGUUGACAACGCCUGCGCAGACCCCAAAACAACCAUCCCCGGCGCCGUCGUCGUAAUCAUCGACAAAGCCGGAACUGAGCGCUUCGCACACGCAGCCGGAAAACGCGGCGCCGAGUCGCCUGAGCCCAUGACCCUCGACACAAUCUUCUGGAUUGCAUCCUGCACAAAACUCCUCGUAGGCAUCGCAUGCAUGCAGCUCGUCGAGCAGGGCAAACUCUCCCUCGACGACGAGACGCAGAUUGAAGAGUUGUGUCCCGAAUUGAAGAGGUUGAAGGUAUUGAAACCGGACGGGAGUUUUGAGGAGAAGAAGAAAGCGAUUACCCUGCGCAUGCUGCUUACACAUACGGCUGGGUUCGGGUAUACGUUUUUCAACGAGAGACUGAGGGACUGGUCGUAUCCGGCGGGUGUGGAUGAGUUUUCAGGGCGCGUGGAGGACAUUACUAGCACGCCGUUGCUCUUCCAGCCGGGCGAGGGGUGGGAGUAUGGGGCCGGAAUUGACUGGGCCGGCAUCGCCCUCGAGCGCGUCACGGGAAUGACACUAAACACUUACCUCCAAAAACACAUCUUCGAGCCGCUCGGCAUUAAAGACAUGUCGAUGAUUCCGAAUAGGGAGAUGCGCAGCCGGUUGGCGUAUAUGAAUUUCCGCGACGCCGAGGGCAAGUUACGCGGGAGGGACCAUCUACUUCGUCUGCCGCUGGUCGUCGACCCGGACAAUGAGGAGGAGGUCAAGCGGGUGUUUAAUAGUGGGGGCGCGGGAAUGUUUGCGAGGGUGGGCGACUAUUGCAAAAUCCUCGCCACAUUACUAAACAACGGCACCUGCCCGUCCACCGGCACAUCCCUCCUCUCAAAGUCCACCGUCGAAACAAUGUUCACAAACCAAAUCCCCCACCUCCCCCACUUCUCCCGAACACCCAUCCCCGCCGCAAAGCCUGCACUGACAAACCCCAUUCCUGAACUGUACCCGGUCCCUGACGAUCCGCCGCAAGGGUGGGGAUUGACAUUCAUGCUGAGCAAUGGGGGCGCGACGGGACGGUCGACGAGUACCGUGCACUGGGCGGGACUGGCGAAUCUGUGGUGGUGGGUUGAUCGGGAGAAAGGGGUUGCGGGGUUGGUGGCUACGCAGAUUUUGCCGUUUGUUGAUAAGCAUGUCCUCGGGCUUUGGGGGAGUGUUGAGGCGGUGCUUUAUCAGGGGCUUGAUGGGUGA